AUGGUUCCCAUGAACCGGAAAUUCAAGAGAAUGGAGAUGAACGGAUGCUUGCAUCCUUAUUGUACGGAUUGUGUUGCCAAGUACAUUGAAGCAAAAGUGAUUCAAUACAAUAUAUCCGAGAUAAAGUGUCCUAGUAUAGAUUGUAACGUCAUACUGGACGCUUCACUGUGCCAGUCCAUCCUCCCUAAAGCAGUUUUCGAACAAUGGUGUCGCGUUUUUUGUGAAUAUGCCGUAUUUGCGGAUUCAUCUAAAGGUGGGUUAGCUUAUGGAAGAUCCUACUGCCCUUAUGGUGAUUGUUCCGAGUUGGUCUUGAACGAAUGUGUUAGAAUUUCUUCAUCAAGUAAUGAUACCACACUUAGUAGAUCAACAUGUCCUAACUGCAAGCGACUCUUUUGUUUUCACUGCAUGAUCCCAUGCAGUGAAUAUCAUCAAUGCAGAAGAGGCGAUACGAUAAUUGACAUUGAUAGUAAAGAUGGUUCGUUUAUGAAAAUGGUUAAACACAAGAAACUGACACGAUGUCCAACUUGCCUCCGUUAUGUUGAACGCAGCUGA